UAACCAGUUUGGAAUGAGGGAAGUUGAGUUUUUACCGGAUUGAACGCGGAACCAUCAUUAUUCCCAUAACUGGUCUUAUUAUUUUUAACUUCCUGGAGAAGAAUAAACGCCAGGUGAAUUCUUCUCGACACCAAAGUGACACCACAAAACACUUCUCACAGGUAUUACUGGUACUAUUAAUGAUAUGACAGACUUCAGCUGGCAUAUUCAAUAUUGCACCAUUAGCGCCUACAAAACACCAGAUGUAUCUCCUUCUGUACUAAACUGAAUCCAAGUGUUUGGAUCAGUGGGCGGUACUGCAGCAUCAGAAUGUAGUUAGACUACAUUUUAGAACACGAACAUGUUUCGAAAAACUACUCGGAAACAAGCACCUAAUCGUACUGCAUUGGAUGAUGGGAACUUACAAGCAGCACGACAAAUAACAAUUAUUUUUCAGAGGAAAGAUUGAAGUGAAAAGAUGAGCAUCUCCAGAAAAAGAUCCCAUGAGGAGGGGAAAGCACCAGCAAAGAAACCAAAAGGCAAAGAAGAUGCAGUGAUUCAGCUACAUUAUGGUCUGUAUAAUCAGGGAGCCACGUGUUACCUCAACAGUGUCCUCCAAGUCCUCUUCAUGACACCAGAACUCCAUGACAGGUUGGAUCCAAAAUCAUGGAUCACGGAUCAAGAGCUAGGGGAAGUGUUUAAGAAAAUUAAAGUAGAAAAUUGUGGAACAGAAGAAAUCACAGAGAGUUUGGGGAUUACAAAUGUUCAUCAACAAUGUGAUGCUGCCGAAUGCCUGGAGUUGAUUUUACAUAAAGUCAGUCCAAACGCCUCUGAGGUUUUCCAAGGACAGCUGAUAUACAUGACAAAAUGCUCCAAAGGCCACAUCAUCAACGAAGAGACAAAUCCAUUCUGGACUCUUCCACUGUCGCUAAGAAAUACCCAUGAUGCAACCUACAACGUGGAAAGAGGCUUUGAAAGGACUUUUGAGACAAAAUCAUACAGCGGAGACAACAUGGUGUACUGCAACGAGUGUGAAAAGAAAACAGAGGCGACAAGUGGAUGUGACAUGGAUACAUUUCCCCAGAUUUUGGUCCUACUCCUGAAGAGAUUUGAACUUGACUUCAACAUCAUGUCCUAUUUCAAAUCAGACUGCAGUGUGGACGUGCCAUACACAUUACAGAAAAAGGACAAGAAGUACUCGCUGUAUGGAAUGGUGAAUCACUAUGGCAGUCUGAGAGGUGGACAUUACACCGCCACCCUCCUGUCCAAUGAGGACAAAACCUGGUAUGAGUUCAACGACGAGGCCGUCAACAAGGUUGAAGAGCAAUCAUUUGCAAAAACUGGGACUUAUAGUUCCAGCAGUGCAUAUCUGCUCGUGUACAGAGAAAGUCUCAAAGACGAGGGGAAAGACCAAAGAGGAAGGACCCAUGAUGACAAAGAAAACAGGCAUGAGAGCCAAGAUCAAGACAGACAAAUACAAAUCAGCAAAGAUACGAAGAAACCGAAGGAUCAGACAAGAUAUGAAAAGGUUUCAACUUUCAACAACGAAGACGUUCUCCCCAAACAAAAAACAGACGCAAACAAUGUGGAAAUCGUCAUGGAAGAUGAUCUCCCCAAUCCAAAAACAAGCAAAAUGGAAGUAGAGGAAGGUGAAACGACAAAGGAUAAGGAUCGUCAGCCGCCCAGCAAUCGCUUCUUUGGCAUCAAGAGGAAUCAUAUUUAUAUUGCUCUCGGCGCUAUUGCAUCCAUUGUGAUUGUGAUUUCUGUCGUACUUGCAACAACUCUAAAAAACUAGUAGGGAUGUCAGCUUUGAAAUGUCAACCAGCUCCCCCUCAAGCUAUCAAGGUGCUGAUGAAGAGGCGAUGAUUUAACUUUCAAAACACUAGUUGGUAAAUUGAUGGUUAAGGAACACGAUUAGGUAUCUCUAAAUGUGAAACAAUAUAUCAUAACGUUGUAUUUACUGUUUGUUAUGCCCUAUUUUCUCAGUAUGCUAUUUUGGUGUCAGAUAUUUUAAGAAACCAGCUGAUAAACUAUGAAUGAAUCAGGCCCACAACAAAUAUUUUGCAUGACUUUGCUUUAUGUAUAUGUAGUAUAGAUUCAUGUACUAUCUAAAUAUUAUACAUCAGCAUGGAUUUUGGAAUUGUCUGCAAUUAUUUUUUAAGUAUAAAUGGAUGGAAGUUGGAAAAUUGCCAAAUGCGUGGUGUACCACAGGGGUCUGUUCUUAGACCAUUUAUUUUCCGUUUACUUUGAUAAGGUGCAAUAGGAUUAUUCUAUCUUACCGCUUUAAUCUUCUUACAGACUUAUUUCUCACGUAUAAAAGUCAAAAGUGUAUCUGUUGCACACAUUUUUUGUUUUUAGCUAUUUUUAUUUAGAGUCCAAAUAUAUGAUACGUGUUUGUUAUGUACAAUGUGUGGCUCAGCCCAGUUAUUGCCAACAACAUUUUUUUCUACAGCAUCCAAUCUAGUAUAUCAUAUUACAUCGUAACUCCUUCACAAACCUAGAAUGGAAGACAAUGAUUUAAAUCCAGUGUCUUUAACUAUUUCUACCUAUUGUGUUUUGGGGUUUAUUCUUUUGUGACAUGUAAAAUACCAAAUAAAGCUAAACAAACUCAC